CUCCCUCCGGUCUUUGUCUCGGAUCAAGAACACAAACCGUCCAGUCAGACCUCGCUGCACCAGGUAGCGGCCAAUCUGCUGAGGACAAGGACUGAGUUCACAGCCUGGUCUGCUGCAGAAAGCCAUCUGUUUUAAAGAAACGUAAAUGUGCCUAAUUAUUGCCAGCCUGCUGCAACAUGGUCCACAGCUGUAGCAGAGGAGGAACCCAAUAUUUAGCAAAGCAGAGUCAGAAAGAGAAACAGAGGUGAGCUGUUCAGUGUUUGAUCAAAACCAAGAGAUUAAGAAACCUGUUGGCAACAAGACAGAACAAAACUACAGCUGAGAAGAAAAGAGGGCAGAGCCGAGGAAGAGAAAGCGAGAGUGAAAAGAAGCCAGCGGAGGUUUCUGUGCAGCGGUGAGCCGAAGGUCCAGACAGUUUGGAUCGCAGCGGGCCGUGCAGAGCGGCGGCCGCGGCGCCUGUGGGCGGGGAGGAGGGAGGAAGUGUGGUCGACGGGGGAGGAAUUCAAGCCCCAUUGUUCCGGACCAGCGGCGGCACAGCGGGCCGAGGAGCCGGACAACAUGGACGAGGUGUCCGUGAAGCCGAGGGCUGGAGGUGCGGCGGCGUGUCGCGUUUGUGAGGAGAACUGCUCUGGAUUCCAGCCGCAUUCUUGGAGGAAAGCGUGCGUCUCCUGCGGCUGCAGCGCGGCCGACCACCCCCCGGGGGGGGGCGACGAGGACGACCAGCGGAUGGGACGCCUGCUGGCGGACUCGCCCUGCGCCCAUCUGACGGCCAAGGUCAAAGGGGGCGGCGGCCUCCGCGUCUACAAGAGGAACCGCAUGAUCGUGACCAACCCGGUGGUGUCCCGCAAAGACCCCACCUUCAACACCACCACGUACGAGUGGGCGCCGGCCGGCCUGGCCCAGACGCUGGCCAUGCAGUACAUGGAGCUGAUCCCGCAGGCACAACGUCCCGUCUCUGGGACGGGUGGAGCGCUGGAGCGACGGAGGCAACUCUUUGGUCAGCUCCCUGCCUACGAUCAGGACCCCAUGAAGUGCCAGAGCCUGGCCAGCGAGGAGGAGAUUGCCUCCAUGCUGCUGUUUGUGAAGAGCUACAAACAGGAGGUGCUUGGAGUCGGGGAGGUGGCCUUACCCGGGGAGGGCCGAGCUCUGAGCGAAGCGGCCUCCCAGAGGACGGCGAAGGACGCCAAGGACGGAGGCGACGGCGACGGGAAGGAUGCUCCGAGGCAGCAGGACUCCUCCGCUGCCGCCUCCACUAACGGAACCGAGGACGGGAACGGACAUCGCUGCACCGGUUGCCACGGUGAGGUUGCCAAGGAGACUCCGGCUGUCUACGCCGAGCGCGCGGGUUACCACGGCGCCCUGUGGCAUCCCGCCUGCUUCGCGUGCUCAGAGUGCGGCCAGGCUCUGGUGGACCUGGUCUACUUCUGGUCCGGUCAGAAGCUGUUCUGCGGACGACACUUCUGUCAGACCGUCUGGCCGCGGUGCUCCGGCUGCGACGAGCUGAUCUUCUGUCAGUCCUUCCGCACGGCGAAGGACGGCCGCACCUGGCAUCACCAACACUACUGCUGCUGGCGGUGUGGGCGGAGCCUGGACACGCCCUGUCAGCACUGAGGCCAGCCGGAGGGGGGGGAAAGCACAUCCGAUGUCGUGUGUCGUUGGUUUGCUCGUUUUGAAUCAAGUAGAGAAAUAAGUGUAGCUUCAAAUCUUUGGACGCGUGUGCAGCGAUGGAGUCGACGAUGGCGUCAGGGGUUCUCCUGGUUCUCCUGGUUCUCCUGGUUCUUUCGUGUUUUGGCCUUCGAGCCUCCUUAAGGCCGUGGAAACACACAAUAAAAAAAACGUUAUACCAGACAAAUGAGGCUGAAAGUUUAAUGCAGAUGUGACAUUAACAACUUAAAACGCGUUAAACCAGAAGUCCAGUUGAUAUUUGGAUGUUCAUAUUAAUUAAUACUAAAGACAUCUAGUGGACGUUGAAGUGUUUUAAGACUUACUGGUGCUUGAGGUACUCAAGCAAAUGUUAACUUGACAGAAGAGUGUGUAAAGUACUUAAACAAACAUUGGUUAAUUAUAAAAGAUCUUCCCUUGAUGGAUUCAGAUCCAACCAGCAGACAAAGGACCGAGCAGCUCUGGGUGGGUUUUGGGGAACUUGAAUUUCCGACUUUGUCGCUCUUUUUAAAUCUUGGUUCACAAAUACGUGGAUUACGUACAAGUUGCUUCAUUUGUGUUAUAUAGUUAAUUUAGGGUAUAGGUAUAUUAUGGGUAUAGAUAGAGAAGCGAGAUGCUAACCGCUAGCCUAGCUUAGCUCAGUCAAUCAUUAAAUAGCACGCGAUUAAUCUGGUUUAAAUAAGAAACAAGUUUAUGCUUUUGGAGAAUAAAUUAAAUAGUUUAAUACUAUGUUCAGAGAUGUCAUAACUCACAGAUAACAACAAGCAUCCCAGCCAAAGACUGAGGGGUUUUGUCAGUAAUCCUGGACACAGUGAUUUGAUGCUCUAUAUGUGAGUUAUUUUAUUACAUUGUGGGAUAAAACACAUAUCGGAUAACUGCGUUCCACAGUGAACAGUUAAAUGAAAUCGUACGGUUUUAAUUCACAAGUGAUGUUGUUAAAGAGAUUUCUUUGCUUCUCGUGUUUUGACAGCUGAUAGAAUAAAAGUCACUU